AUGUAUCCCACUCGCGUUUUGCUUGAGAACCUUUUCGAAACUGUGCCACAAUUGAGCUGCCUGGACAUCGAACUCAUAUAUAACGAUUCGAUAAGCAUUGCAUUCGAUUUUGAGUUCAUCUGCGAGAAAUUUUCGUGUCUCCGACGCUUAGAACUGGACGUCCGUAAACAGACCCUAGCAGACAAUUCUGUUAGAAUUGACAGAUUGGAACAUUUAGAGGAACUUAAAAUACGUAACGCUAAGAGCAUUAGCUUCAUUCAUCGCAAUAACGUUCGGUGCUUGACAAUAAUGUUUCGUGUGUUAAGGAAAAGGGACCUUGACGAGAUACCGAAAAAGUUCCCUCGGCUCAACAGAUUAACCAUUAAUUGCGGCUAUUCGGUGUUUGCGUCCUGCUUUAUACGGCUACAUAAAUUGAUGCCCUCAUGUAGAAUCGACUACGAUUCGCACCGUUUCUAUCCACAAGUCUAUCCAUAA